GUUGACCGCUGCGUGAGAUUUGCAGCGGCCGCCAGCUGCGGGCCAUGGACUAUGGACCAUUGGCCAAGUCACUGGGUCGCUGGGCCCUGACCGACAGCUGUUGCCAGCCGACGGCAUCUGAGGUCAAAGGCGACGCAUUGUUAACCUCAUACUUGUGGACCGCGGAUGGUCCACCGAAAACUCUGCCAAGUGCUGGGCUGGCCCACGCAAUUAAGGAUCAAGAGAGCCAGUCGCAUUUGUCCAGGUUAUCAGACGACACAAGUAAUCACGCAAGCACAGUGACGCCACUGCCCUUCCCACCUGGCCGUCCCGGGUUACAAGAAGCGCAAGUCUGCUUCCAACCCACGCCCGUGUCUACACCAACAUACGAGACCCUGUUCUCUGAUACUCUCCCUCUGUCUCCAUUAGUCUUCCUACUUACAUGCAGCCAUGCAGCCAUGCAGCCAUGCAGCCAUGCAGACAAACACGGCGUCGCCCUCGUCCAAGCAUCCGCCAUUGCCAUGGCACACGCCCAGCCAAGCGAGGGGCUGUACGAUUAG